CUUGCAAACAGUAUGAUAGCGCUUUUAAGACCGUUCAGUGCAGAGUAAAUGUAGUCUUGUUUGAGUUGCAAAGAUUUCAGCACGACAUCAGCACAGUAAAGUAUACCUUAGUGUUCCUUGACUACCUAACGAUGUCAAGCAGUAUCGCAGGAAGUGCUGCUGUCACACUGCUUGAUAUAUCACAAAACAGAUCAAAUAUCAGUCUAUCAGGCAACUCGUACCGUCUAGCAUCUGUGAACAGUUUUGAGAUCAUCCAUCGAGCUACAAUGCCUAACAAUAAUGAAAGUGAGACUCAGACCUGGGAAGACAACACAAGGGUAACUAUCAAUAUACGUGGGACUAUUUUUGAAACAUUCGAAACGACAUUGUUGAGAUACCCCAACACUCUGCUUGGUAGUUCACAUAAAAGGGCUCCGUAUUACGACUCCAGAAAGAAACAGUAUUGUUUUAACCGUGAUAAGAAAACGUUCGAUGCAAUUCUUUAUUAUUAUCAGUCAUCAGGGAAACUUAUCCGGCCAGAAGGAGUAAACGAAGAUACAUUUUUAGCGGAGUUGGAAUUCUUUCAGAUUGAUCCUCACAACGUGGCAGAGCUAGAGUAUGGUUCAUCUAACUUCAAAAUACCAAAGCGUAAAAAAAGAAGACAAAGUCCAAAAUGGAACCCUGAAAAGAACUAUACAUUUGUUUCUACGAUAUUUUUAUCCUGGCCGUGUGCGGUUAUUGUUGUACUGUAUAUGUUUAUAUUAUGUCUGUCAAGUGCCGGUCAAUAUCAGCUUAUAUUACCCCGGUCUUGUGGUGGUAUAACGAACACCAGUAACACUAAGAGAGAUACAACACAGUUAUUAGAAGCAAAUUAUCAUCCACUUGUAGUCUUACAUUAUAUAUGCAGUCUAUGGUUUCUUCUGGAGUUUAUUCUACGGUUUCUAAGAUCAGAGUUUAAAAUCAGAUACAUGGGAAGUGUUUUAGGGGUUAUUGAUAUCAUAUCUGUGCUGUCGAUGUUCCCACAAAUAUUGCUACGUCAGUUUGAUGCAUGCCAAGAAGGCUUCUUGAUAUGGCUCGCAAAUGUUAUGAGAACAUUAUCAAUACUCUGUAUGUUUAAACUGGCCCGAUACUCAACAGGGUUAAGAUUAUUUGGGCUUACAAUCAAAGCAUGUUCAGGACAGCUUAUUCUGUCGUUCUAUUGUGUCGGAAUAUGUCUCCUGUUCUUUUCCUCUGUAAUUUACUACAGUGAAGAAUCUGUCAAUCUUGGCUUCGCAAGCAUUCUCGAUGCAUUCUGGUAUACCAUCGUUACCUUGACCACCGUCGGUUAUGGCGAUAUCGUCCCAGUCUCGCUAGUCGGAAAAAUUUUUGGUGCUAUUUGUUCCGUAUUUGGAGUUACGAUAGUGAUGGCGUGGCCCGCCACAAUAUUUGUCUCGCACUUUAAAGAAAUGUAUAAUUAUGAGAUUGGACAGAAAAAGAAGAAAACUAGAAAGUUUUGGUCAAAUAAAAUUUUCAAGUUUCGAAAGGAAUUAAUGAGGCUGGACAAGACAGGCUGCACUUUUGGAUAGAUAUAUAAUGUUUAGCAAAAUCAUAAAACAGUAUUUAUUAUAUUCAAAAUGAUUGCAAACUGUAUAACGGUUAUUGUACAUGUAUCUGCGCACAAGUGUAUAAUAUAAUACAGUAAUCUGCACAGUAAUAAAAUCUUUAAAAAAUAUAUAUUUGUUGCCAAUGAAAUGCGCAAGAACCUCG